GGCAAAUAAAGUAAAGUAGGAUCUUCAUGUUUGAUUGAUUUUAUCGACAAGGCACCAAGAAGGUCAUCAUGUUAUGUACACAGUGACGUUACUUAUGACCUCUCCAAAGAGUAACAGAACCAGAUGGUAUCAAAAAACAGUUUCAUAACGACAUCAACACGAUUCAGAACUACUCAACACAUACUGUGAUCUCCGUCUCCUAGCGACAAAGCAUUAUUUGUACUUCUUGGGUCUUUUUUUAUUUUUUUGUCGUAGCUGCACUGCAUCUGCAGAAGCAGAUCCAGAUCAUUUUCUUUUACUGUUUCUGUAAACCUUGACUGAAGAACGCCAUAGAAAAGAGAAAAAAUGGCCGCAGCUUCGUCCACAGACGCCGAUACCUCGGGGUGGAACAUCUUUUACCCGAACUACUGCAACUCCGAGAAAACCGUGCCCGAGGGUCGGCGCCUCGGCAAGGAGCAUUGUGUUGCGCACCCGACGGCCCCCGAAAUGGCCGAGGCUGGGAAGCAGCUUCAGCUCCGGGUUGCGCUGGAGAUGAGCAAGUGCUACCCGCGGGACUGGCUGGUCCAGGGGCGCGUGAAGGUCCUGCUAAAGAAGGAAGAUGGAUCGUUUUGCAAUCCAGAAAUCAAGACGAAGCGGGACUUCCUCAAGCAAGUCUGCAAGGUUAUCCAGAAGAUGAAGCACCGAACGGACGGAGCAAACAAGAACGUCGGCCAGGACGAGGUCAUGCUUGCCGUGGAGAAGGUAUCGCAAAUGGCGGGACCAAGCCAGCCCAACAAGAAAAAAGACGACGGAAAAAAGAAAAAGAAGAAGUGAAGAUGACGAGCCUCGAAGAGCUCUUGUGAAAGUACCCUAUAAACAGCGACUGACGACGCAUACCGUGCGCGGGCCCCUCCAGCAGGCCCCACAGGGAUGUACGACGACUAUUUGUGUCGUCGACGUGAGGGCUAGUUUGGCUUCCCAGUACACGUAGAAUUCUAUAAUUCAAUGGUGUGCUCAUGCUCAAAAGUCAAAAUAGAACGCCAUAAUUCUGUCCACAGCUCCUGCUGCGUUUCACCGCAUCUUCCCAGUCGACGAAACUAUAAUUUGAGUAAAGUGGUAGUGGUCCAGGGCCACACAAAGCGAUAGUGUGCCGCUUUUUUCAAUUGUGGAGUUGGUGCUAGUAUUCAUCCAAAUGAACUACCACGCAGAUGAAUGUCAAACCACAGUCGUUUUUUCAUACACCAAAAGCAAAAC